GAAACUUGAUUCCAAGGGAAAGGAUAUAGUUGAGACUUAAGCGCUUUGAGAUGGCCCAACGGUAUUAUGCUCCGAUGCGUAAUCGCUACUCCAGCGAAAGGGACCACCCGGUUGAGCGCUACCGAGAUUACGAGUGGGACGGGAAGCUCUUCCUCAUGUCCUACGUCACCGAGUUUUACAGUAAAUGGAUGAACGCCUAUGCAUAUGGGGGAGCUACCCAUCACGAGGGGAUCCAAAAGCUCAUCCACACUUUACCGUCUCCUUGGGAUGAGUGGACCGCUCAGGCAUCUCGGUUUUUCAUAUGGUAUAGCCCGCCCGAUUACACCGCGCGAGGAGAUUUGGUUGGCCUUAUAAAGGUGCUGCUUCCGGCCAUGACAGCGGCAUUUGAUGGACCGCCACGUGAUCCACCUCCACAUAUCUAUCCGCCGGGUACAGCCCGCAUGCGGAAGUAUCGAUGCGACAAGGAGCCACACGUCUCCCGUGUUCCUAAGAGAAGGAGACUCGGGAUGCGUGUCGCAGCCCCUCUAAGAAUCGACAGAGAGGUCAAUGGGAGGUUUGGGAUGACCCCUCCACCCGCGGGUGUCGAGGAGGAAAGUGAGGAAGAGGAUCCCGAGGAAGAGGACCCCGAAGAGGAGGAGGACCCAAUUAGAGAGAGCGUUGGAGAGACCGAGGAGAAGGAGGAUGAGGAUGGAAAUGAUUAA